AGGUGAGUCGAGUUCACAGGUGGAAGAAGCUGUUGAAAGUCUCGCCAACGCUCAAAUAUGUCCGGGUGAACACUAACACUGUUCACACAUGUUCCGACAUAACUUCGCGGUGCUGUGUGCGGAUGCUAGCACCGGAUAAAAGCUUUAGCUAAUCGGAUGACGCGUCUUCUUCUCCUCUUCUUCUUCUUCUUCUUCUUCUACAUCUUCUUCUUCUUCUUCGUCGUCUUCCUCUUCUCCCUGUCCUGGAUGAGCAUCCGUACAAACACACAGUCGGAGGGGAGCUCGUCUUUACUUUCUCCAUAUUUACAUGUAGCAACGAGCGAGAGGAGGAAGAGGAAGGGGAGUCCGGAGGCAGGGCAACUCGUUUCAGUAAGCACACAUCGCUCGGUCAUUCAGUCAGUCAGCGGAUGAUUAAAGCAGUGGGGGAGAGGAGGCGGACUCACUGGGCUGCUGGUGCAUCGCCUUGACAACAGUCUAAAGCACCACCGCCUUCACACAGCAGCCACAGCCUCGACAGAAGCAGCGACCAUGGGCAAACAGAACAGCAAGCUCCGUCCUGACGUCAUGCAGGACCUGAUGGACAACACGGACUUCACAGAGCACGAGAUCACCGAGUGGUACAAGGGCUUCCUGAGGGACUGCCCCAGUGGCGCCCUGUCCAUGGAGGAGUUCAAGAAGAUCUAUGCCAACUUCUUCCCCUACGGAGACGCCUCCAAGUUCGCCGAGCACGUCUUCCGCACGUUCGACGCCAACGGAGACGGGACAAUAGACUUCAGGGAGUUCAUCAUCGCCCUGAGCGUGACCUCGCGCGGCCGACUGGACCAGAAGCUGAAGUGGGCGUUCAGUAUGUACGACCUGGAUGGGAACGGAUACAUUAGCAAGGCAGAGAUGCUGGAGAUUGUAACGGCCAUUUACAAGAUGGUUUCCUCUGUGAUGAAGAUGCCCGAGGACGAGUCCACACCCGAGAAACGCACAGACAAGAUCUUCAGGCAGAUGGACACAAAUCGAGAUGGUAAGCUGUCUCUGGAGGAGUUUGUCGAGGGAGCGAAGAGCGACCCCUCCAUCGUGCGACUGCUCCAGUGUGAUCCCAGCAGUGCUGGGCAGUAGAGAACUGAACUUUUCCCCCCAUCGCAUUUUUUUUUCAUUUAACUAACGUUCAAAUCUCUCCCAGUUGACCCUCCUGAGAUUAUUGACAUGUGAGCUAAAGAGGCACAUGCGCGCACACACGCACAUGCAGCAGUACAUACCACAGAUAACACACACACUCACAUGCACAUAUUGUACAUGCGCCUCUAUGCCUGGUCAAAAGCUACAGACGACACGGUUCUCGUAUACGGUACAAAUUUAACUCGAGGGACUAAAAUCCCAUCAAGGACUUGAUAUACACUGAAUCAAAGCUCUGCGUUCUCAGCUGUUGAGGAUAAUCUAAUAGAUUCAUGAGGUACAUUUAGAUGAAUCCAAGUUUGUGGUUUCUUUUUAUUUCUUUUAUUUGAUUUGUUUUGAUUUUACUUUUUUUUUUAAGCAUUAUUCCUGAUUUAAAAGGGAAAUCGUGCUGAUUUUACUCUACUGCAUCUGCCCCAGUUUGUUGUACGUCAACGGACAGAUCUUUUUUUAAAAGUAUUACAAUCUAACUCCAUGUUGACACUGGAUGAAAUGAAGAACGUGAGUCUGGGACUACAAGUGUUCCCAGCUCACAUUGUGGCUACGAGUGGCUAGGAGACCUGGGAAAUGUAGUUUUUAAUCAGAGGAAUUUGAGAAGGGAUGAGAGAGUUCUUUUAAUAUAUAUUUUGGAGGAACGUUACAUCAAACCAAAACUCACUCAUAUUUCUAAAUGAAGGGGAAUAUUCUGACUACAGAUUUCAUCAUCUGUUCUUUGAAAGUGACUUUUUAUGCCAAGUUUUGUAUCCACAAAAAAAUGCACGCUAAACAUGAACACACAUUUACACACACUCAGUUCAACUGACGAAUACAUGAACUUGACGUAUAAACCGAGCUGUGAUUCUCUUUUUCAAUUAUGGUUCAUCAAGUAUAUAAGCAAAAAAACAACUAAAAAAGUUAGAUGUUAUAUGAAUAUAUAGUAUGUACUUAUAUAUUCUUUUACUCUGUGAGAAAAAUGUGGCAGUUGCUGCAAUGGAAGAGAUUCAUUAAAAAAAUGUUUUGACGUAUAAAUUAUUGGAAUAUCAUGAAUAACAUUUUAUUUUACUUGACGGAUAUGAUAUGAAAGAAAGUUGUACAGUAUAUUCACUCAUAUUUAUGCUAGAGAUGUUAAAACAAUGAGAGGACCACAGACAUUGCUAUGCAUUCAAUUUUGAACAUCUUUUAAGUAGCAACAAAGAAAAUUGCUUUAAAUUAGCUUCAGAUUUCAGUUUUUGCUCCUGAACCCCCACCCUACUGCUCAUAUUUUCCGGGGAGCCAGUAAAGGUUUGCAGUCAUUUAGUUUUUCACUUCCUGUGUGUUGACACUCACAUGAUAACUAAAAUUCAAUGGUAAUGUCUGAAAAAUGUCAUGUUUUUGCACAAACGUGACAUUUCAUCUACACCCCCCCCCCCCUUUCAUUGGCAGAACAAUUGGAACUUUAAGACAAAUUGUGUUGCUACUGUGAUGAAGGAGAUGUUUUUAUGACUGGCGCACACAGUAACAGAAACUCAACUGAGAGAACCGUUUCCAGGAUUGUUUGAUCGAUCUUUACUGUUUCCAUCCCGUUUAAUUUACACCUGCUUGUCACCGCUCCUCCGAAAACACCAUCAGAUACAUUAACUUUUCACAGGUGGAUGGAAAAAAAAAGAAGUGAUAAAUACUGUGGGUUUUCUCCACAUUUCAAGUAGGUGAUCACUUUUCACUUCAAUAGCAUCUUGUGGUCAAGUGCCAAAUGUAGAUGAAUAAAUAAAAGAAAAACAGUAUUGUAUCCAAUUACACUGUACAGUUGUUACCUGUCGAACAAAAAACUUUGUCACUAUCAUUUUGUAGAUUUUGUAUUGUUAAAUUACAUUGUGUUAUGUGUAGGAUGUCCAUUUUGUUAUUCAAAUAAAGGCAAAAUGGGAA